ACGUUACUGACGUUGACUGACAAUCUGCACCUCCCAUGUCGGACAAACUAGGUUUAUUUUCCUGAAAUUGGCAAAAUAGUACUUAUUCGAGCGAGUUCCAAGAUGAUUUUAUUAGAGAUAAAUAACAGGGUAGUCGAAGAUACGCUUACGUUGAAGAUAAAAAAUGCGCAAGCCGGGUUAAAAAACGAGAGCAUAGACGUGACAGUGGCCGAUUUUGAUGGGGUUCUAUAUCACAUUUCUAAUCUCAAUGGAGAUAAAGCUAAGAUUAGGAUUAGCAUAGCAUUAAAGUUCUAUAAGCAACUUCAAGAACAUGGUGCUGAUGAACUGCUCAAAAGAGUGUACGGAUCAUAUUUAAUGGCCGCUGCUGAGAGUGGCUACAAUGUAACUUGUCUCAUAGAUUUAGAUAAUAUACCAUCAGAUUGGACAGAAGUGGUUCAAAAGAUGGGGCUGUUGAAGAGGAACUGUUUUGCUUCGGUGUUUGAGAAAUACUUUGAUUUCCAAGUGGCAGGCGAUGAGGGCCAAAAUAGAGCCGUGAUUCAUUAUCGGGACGAUGAAACAUUAUAUGUAGAAGCCAAAGCAGAUAGAGUAACCGUUGUGUUUUCAACGCGAUUUCGCGACGAAGACGAUGUAAUAAUAGGCAAAGUAUUUAUGCAGGAACUUAAGGAAGGGCUAAGGGCUUCGCAUACUGCGCCCCCGGUUUUAUUCAGCCACAGAGAGCCCCCUAGAGAACUUCAAGACACUGACGCUAAAGUGGAUAAUAAUGUGGGCUACGUGACAUUUGUGCUAUUCCCAAGACACACAGCGAAAAAUACCAGAGACAACACUAUCAAUUUAAUACAUAUGUUUAGACAUUACUUGCACUAUCAUAUUAAGUGUUCAAAGGCUUACAUUCACAGUAGGAUGCGUGCCAAGACCUCCGAGUUUUUGAAAGUUUUGAACCGGGCCAGGCCUGAGAAUAAGUCGACGGACAAAAAGACUAUUACUGGGAGAACAUUUAUAAGAAGAGAUUAGUGUAAAUAGAAAAAAAACCGUUAGGAGUUCUGAACUAUUCGAAAAAAUGUUUGGCUCAACGUGAACAGAAAUAAAUUUAACUGCCAGCCCUAUGAUUUUGCCCCGCCCCGGUAAAAUGAUUUGUUUGUUGCAAAGUAUAUUUUGCCUUAUUACCGCUAUUUCUCCCCUUUAUAGAAAAUGGUUUUAUAUUUAUUUUAUACUUUUAUAAGUUAUAAUGUUAUAUUUAUUACGCAAAUGGUUUGUUAUUAAGCUGGUUAAAUUGCAAUAGAUUAUUCAAGUGUAUUGUGGAAUGUAGUACAUGACGUGUUAUUUGAACAUUGGAAUAAAUUACAUUUAUUAGAGGCAUUCAGCAGGAAUAGCAUUUUGGAAAAUUUAUGGAACUGACAAAUAAUGCCUUCAGUAAAUUGGGUGACCAAAGUAAAGUUGACAAAGUAAAUAAACAUUUGGGCAUUUGGAUCUCUUUUUGAGAUGAAAUUUGAUAUAGCUACUUUUCAUGGGGUCUUGCAGGAGGUUAAAACCCGUUGAAAAUUCGUUGCAUUAUUACUAUUAUCGAGCAGUAUUUUUUAACAUUUUCUUGUCUGUGUCCGUUUUACCUCUUAUGGCUAGAUUUCAGGAGCGUGUACCUACUACUGAAAUUUCAAAUAGUGUUAAUUUCAUUAUUUUAAUCUACUUUCUAAGGUAAUAAAUUAUAAUGUAAAUAAUUACGUUCGAAACGUGGCAGUGAGCUUCCUAAAUCGUGGUCCUAGCAUUUUCAAAUAUGUAUAUUUUAAGUGAUACUAAAUAAUUUUAUUUAAUGAGAGGAUAUCUGACUGGAAUGACCAGUUACAGCUUAUGUUUAAAAAUUUGAAUUGUAAAUAUUCCCUCACAUAUCCUCUUCAGGUUGUACAUUUUUUUGCUUUAAUCAAAAUAGUUUGUUUUUGUAAAUUUAUAAGCUUUUUCUUCUCUUGGUCAUACUACGAUGGUUUAGUCUAAUAAAAUAUUGUCAAUUUUUUAUAUGAUUUUUUUAAGUGUGCGAUACCAACACUAAGUAAGUAAGUAUACGAUAAGGGACAAUUGCCUCAAAUAUUAAGCACCUUGCAACAGUUACAAAAAAAGUAAAUUGCAAAAUGUAUUAAACUUAAUAUUAAUACAUCAAAAAUUCAAACCAAGUUAACUGUCGCGGGUUGAAGAAAAUGUUUUGUAAUGUGUAAAAUUAAACUUCCAAAUCAAAUUUUAGCUUGAUAUUAGCUGUUAAAUAAUAAUAAAUGAAGUAAUUGUACCUUGUCCACGCGUUCCGAAAAUAUAUUAUAGGCCGUAACCGUUGUUCUUGGAUCAUAGAAAAUAAAUUGUUAUUUUUA